AUGCCUCCAAGGAAAUCCAAGGCCCCCUCGGCAGCGCAGCUGGUACCUCCAAGGAAAAAAUUCAAGGCCCCCUCGGCAGCGCAGCUGACCGUGGAGCUCAAGGCAAUGAGGGAGAAGUUUGAGGCGGAAAAGAAAGAGAGCGCCCUGAGAAUCAGGCUCCUCGAGGGACAGCUGGAACGGGGAAAUGAGUCGUCCUCGUCAAAGCGUAAACGCCGUAAUGUUUCUGUGUCGUCGUCGUCUUCAUCUUCUUCGUCAUCAUCUUCUUCAUCGUCCUCGUCAUCAGAUUCGUCUGACUCGUCGGAUGAAAAGAAAAAACAAAAAAUUCAAAAAUCGAAGAAGUCGCGAAGAUCCUCCACCUCGAUGUCAGCGCGAAAGUGGAAUACAAGGUCUUAUGAAUUGCAGCACGGCCUGAAUGAGCAGCUGCAACGACAACUCAAGAAGACCAGGCGGGACCUGCGGAAGCGGAAGGGUGGCUGA